CUGGGCCCGCCGGAGAGGGAGGCGAGCGGAUCGCUGGGGCUGCUCGGCUCCUGCGCGCCCUCGCGCUCCCCGCCGCCCGCCGAGGCGCAGGCAGGGCGCAGGCGGCGGCGGGCGGCAUGGAGAGCCUGCUGGAGAACCCGGUGCGUGCCGUGCUCUACCUCAAGGAGCUCACGGCCAUCGUGCAGAACCAGCAGAGCCUCAUCCACACCCAGCGCCAGCGCAUCGACGAGCUGGAGCGGCGGCUGGAUGAGCUAAGCGCCGAGAACCGCAGCCUGUGGGAGCACCAGCAGCUGCUGCAAGCCCAGCCUCCGCCCGGGCUCGUCCCUCCGUCGCCAGCCCCGCUGCCUGCCAUCCCGGCCACCGCUGCCGCCGCCGCCGCCGCCGCCACCGGGGCCCAGGAACCGCUCCAGAACCACGGACAGAUCUCGCCCGCCGCGCCACAGCCUGCGCCGGAGCAGUCACCGCUUCAGCACCACGGACAGCUCCUGGUGCAACCCCAGCCGGGCCCCAGCAGCCGGGCUCACGCACCCCAGUUGCCCCACCAGCACCCUGUGGCUCCCGGGGCCGUCGCAGACAAGGAGAAGGAGCGUCCCUCGAGUUGUUGCACUGCCGCUGGAACCCUCCUUCAGCACAAAUCCCCCGCCGCCCUCGGCAAGGGCGUCCUGAGCAGGAGACCCGAGAAUGAGACUGUGCUACACCAGUUCUGCUGCCCAGCCGCCGACGCUGAACAGAAGCCCGCCGGCUCCGACUUGGCCUCCCAAAGCGAUGGCUCCUGCGCCCAGGCCGGUGGGGGCAUGGAGGACUCCGUGGUGGCAGCGGCGGCGGUGGCAGCCGGCAGACCCAGUGCCCAUGCCCCGAAGGCUCAAGCCCAGGAGCUGCAGGAGGAGGAGGAGCGGCCGGGGGCGGGGGGUGCCUCCCCGAGGGCUGGCUCCCACCGCGUGGCCUCCCCCGGCCGGCAGCAGCCUGCCCUGGCGACGGCGCUCUGCUCCCACGCCCCUAACGCCUCCGAUUACGAGCUCUCCCUUGACCUAAAGAAUAAACAGAUUGAAAUGCUAGAACACAAGUACGGGGGCCACCUCGUGUCCCGGCGCGCCGCUUGCACCAUCCAAACCGCCUUCCGCCAGUACCAGCUCAGCAAGAACUUCGAGAAGAUCCGCAACUCGCUCCUGGAGAGCCGCCUGCCGCGGCGGAUCUCCUUGCGCAAAGUCCGGGCGCCCACGGCCGAGAGCCUGGCGGCCGAGAAGGCGCUCAUGGAGGGCUACGGCCUCAUGGGGCUGCCGCUGGUGCGCUCGCCCUCCCUGCCGCCCACCUUCGCGGGCACGCUCACCGAGCUGGAGGACUCCUUCACCGAGCAGGUGCAGUCCCUGGCCAAGUCCAUCGACGACGCCCUCAGCACCUGGAGCCUCAAGACCAUGUGCUCCCUGCAGGAGAGCGGCGCUUACCAGCUCCACCAGGCCCUGCACGCGGGCGCGGGGCCACCGGGCCUGGAGGCCGGGAUGCGGGAGCUCGACAGUGCCCGCCCUGCGCCUGGGGAAGCGGCCGCCGAGGCCGCCGGCCUGCCCCAGGGCCACAGCAGCACCCUCAUGAUGGCUUUCCGGGACGUCACCGUGCAGAUCGCCAACCAGAACAUCUCCGUCUCCUCUGCCACGGCUCUGUCGGUGGCCAACUGUCUGGGCGCACAGACCACCCAGGCCCCCGCCGAGCCCGCAGCGGGCAAAGCCGAGCAGAGCGAGGCCCCCGGGCAGGAGGCCUCGGCGGCCGCGAGCCCAACCCACAGGGACGCGCCCGCCGAGAACACGGGCGCAGAGGCCGGAGCCAGCGGGGCCCUGAGCGCCCACCCACCUGGGGCCGCCGCGGCGGUGGUGGAGGGGGCGGAGGGGGCCGCGGCAGCGGCGGCGGAAGAGGAGACCAGGGAGGUGGGGAAAGGCGCCGAGGCCGAGUCCGGCGACAACUCAGAGCAGCUGAGCAGCAGCAGCACGUCCACCAAGUCGGCCAAGUCGGGCUCGGAAGUGUCGGCCUCAGCCUCCAAGGAGGCCCUGCAGGCCAUGAUCCUGAGCCUGCCGCGUUACCACUGCGAGAACCCGGCCAGCUGCAAGUCGCCCACGCUGUCCACCGACACUCUGCGCAAACGGCUCUACCGCAUCGGCCUCAACCUGUUCAACAUAAACCCAGACAAAGGCAUCCAGUUCCUGAUCUCUCGAGGCUUCAUCCCUGACACCCCCAUUGGAGUGGCCCACUUCCUGCUCCAGCGCAAGGGUCUCAGCCGGCAGAUGAUCGGGGAGUUCCUGGGCAACAGCAAGAAGCAGUUCAACCGUGAUGUGCUAGACUGCGUGGUGGACGAGAUGGACUUCUCCAGCAUGGAGCUGGACGAGGCCCUGCGGAAGUUCCAGGCUCACAUCCGCGUGCAGGGGGAGGCCCAGAAGGUGGAACGGCUCAUAGAGGCCUUCAGCCAGCGCUACUGCAUGUGUAACCCCGAGGUGGUACAACAAUUCCACAACCCCGACACCAUCUUCAUCCUCGCCUUUGCCAUCAUCCUCCUCAACACCGACAUGUACAGCCCCAACAUCAAGCCUGACCGCAAGAUGAUGCUGGAGGACUUUAUCCGAAACCUGCGAGGUGUGGAUGACGGUGCUGACAUCCCCAGGGAGCUGGUGGUAGGCAUCUACGAAAGGAUACAGCAGAAGGAGCUCAAGUCCAAUGAGGACCACGUCACGUAUGUCACCAAGGUGGAGAAGUCCAUCGUGGGCAUGAAGACAGUGCUGUCAGUGCCCCACCGCCGCCUGGUCUGCUGCAGCCGGCUCUUCGAGGUGACCGAUGUGAACAAGCUGCAGAAACAGGCCGCACAUCAGAGGGAAGUGUUCCUCUUCAACGACCUGCUGGUGGUCUCAAUUCAAACAUCACCUCCUCCCAGAAGCCCUCCCUGUGCAUCUCAGAAGAUUCUGAAACUUUGCCCGAAGAAGAAGAGUUCCUCCACCUACACCUUCUGCAAGUCAGUCUGCCUGCUGGGCAUGCAGUUCCAUCUUUUUGAGAAUGAGUAUUACUCUCAUGGCAUCACGCUGGUGACCCCACUUUCGGGCUCUGAGAAGAAGCAGGUGCUGCAUUUCUGUGCCCUGGGCUCGGACGAGAUGCAGAAGUUUGUGGAGGAUCUGAAGGAGUCCAUCGCUGAGGUGACAGAGCUGGAGCAGAUCCGGAUAGAGUGGGAGCUGGAGAAGCAGCAGGGAGCAAAGACGCUCUCCUCCAAGCCCGGCGGGGCGCAGGUGGACCCGCAGUCAAAGCAAGGAUCGCCUACAGCUAAAAGGGAAGCCGCGCUGAGGGAGAAGCCCGUGGAGAGCAUGGUGGAGGUGUCAAUUCACAACAGGCUUCAAACGUCUCAGCACAACCCCGGGCUGGGGGCCGAGAGGGGAGUGCCGGUGCCACCGCCAGACCCGCAGCCUAGCCCCCUGAGGGAGCAGCCCCCGCCGCUGCCGCCGCUGCCACCCACGCCCCCUGGGACCCUGGUGCAGUGCCAGCAGAUUGUCAAGGUCAUUGUGCUGGACAAGCCCUGCUUGGCCCGCAUGGAGCCCCUGCUGAGCCAGGCCCUCUCCUGCUACGCCUCGUCCUCCUCCGACUCCUGUGGCUCCACACCCCGGGGUGGCCCGGGCUCCCCGGUCAAGGUCAUCCACCAGCCUCCGCUGCCCCCGCCCCCACCCCCCUACAACCACCCCCACCAGUACUGCCCACCCGGUUCCCUGCUGCACCGGCGCCGCUACUCCAGUGGUUCCAGGAGCCUGGUGUAGACUCUGUGCCCCCCGCCCCCGCCCCGCCCGCGCUCUCGUCCCUGGGACGAGGGACGGAGGGCUGGCCGCCGGGGGCCAGGCGGGGCCUCAGCUGCAGCCAGCAGCCCCAACCGCCCCUUCGCUCGCUGCUCCCCACGCCCUGGCACGAUGCACAUGCACUCCUGGCCACUGAUCACCAUCGUUUUGGAAAGAGAUUCUCAAUCCCUGGCACCUGGGUUUCGCCUCGCCCCCACCAUGCUUCCCUUAGUCUGAGCACCCCUCCCCCUAAUCUGGAGAUCCCACCUCACUCUCCUGGGGCCCGACACAGCCAGGCACGUCCAGGCCUCCUCUUCCUCCUGCUACCACUCUGGCCACUUGGACCAUGGACUGAAGCAAGCAGGAGCCGAGGGCCUAACCAGCUUCCUGGCCCUGAGUCCGUCAGGCCCCAGGCCUCAGGCCGGGUGGGUGAUGCGAGGGGUGGGAGGCUUUCUCUGCUGCAGCCCCCAAGCCUAGCCAUCUCAGGAGGCUGAUCCUCCACCCCCAGGGAUGUUGGCUGUCCUGGUCACAUCCUCCCCCUCCUCCCAGGGCCUUCUCCUGCUUUCUCAGGAGCUGGGCCCUGCCUGUCCAGGGCUUCUCAGACUGCAGGAAAUUUCUGAGAAACUUAAAGAGGGAAAGGGGGACCACUCUCAGCUCUCUCAAGAGUAAGUCAGCAGAGCUGUGGACUCGUGAGGUCGUAUAUCCACAAAAUGCACCUUUUAAAAGAGUUUCUUAGUUCUCUAGCCCCAGAUAUUCCCCAGCCAAUGUGAAGUGCAGAGGGUAUAGACGUAAACACACACUUACAAACCAGGUUCUUCCAGCGUGAGAACCGACACAGGGAGAAGUAGUGGUGACCUGCCCAAGGACAGAUACAGCCAGCAGAGGUAGGAACUGGACCCAAGGCAGGGCUCCCUCUUGAAUGACUUCCGUGGCCCCCGUGAGAGGUUUGGAGACAGAAGCAGGCAGGAGAAGCAGGUGAUCCAAAGGCACUGGCAUUCCUCCUGCUGCCAUCUCCAACUAGCCCGUCAUCUUUAAAUCCCGCUCCCUGUGCCUCCUCCAGGAAGGUGCCAGACCUGCCUCCAGUAGGCGUGGCUGAAAGAGCCCCUACACCCUCACAGUUGCACAGGAGAGCCAAGCAGGGCUCGCUGAGCUCCCCAGGGCCCACCAGAAUCCGAGCGUCCGCUUUUACGAGGCCCAGCGGAGCCCAGGCAGCCCGGCCUCAAAGCCCUCGGGCCCUCCCGCGGCCUGCCCGGAUCCCAGCCCUUUCAGGAAGUAUCUGUCCCAAACCAGGCCGGAUUCUCCAGUCCUGUGCCAAGAGCUCAUUGCUGUCCUUCAUUAGGAUCCCCUCCCACUUGGAGCCCAUUAUCAAAGCCUGCCAAGAGGUGGAAGUGAAUAUUGGCCAGGUCUAAAGUGAGUCUGCUGCUCCCUGCCGCCUACCCCAUGCCCCAAAGGGAGUGCCCUGAGCCAGCUAGGAGGCGCAGAAUCCUCCCCCACUCUCAGAGGUUCCAGAUGACCUAGUUUCGAGUGUGUGUGCAGUCACCCAGACGUCAUAUGAUGUCACCCAGUGAGUUUAUUUCUGGCUCUGUCUUUGUCAGCCCGGUUUCCAUAACUUGUGACCAAUUUGCCACCUUCUCCCGCAGUGGCUGCCCAGCUGAUCUCCUCUCCUUGUUGCCCUGCCCCUCUCCUGUGCCUUUCCUCUAACAGGUGGCUCCAGUCACAGCCGUUCGGAACAGAGCGGCUGACAGAUGGAGCACACAGAUUCAGCCACCUCCGAUGCCCUUGGCCAAGGCAGGGAUCGCCCUUUGAAAGUGCAGGCCUAGACAGCAGGAGUUGGGGGCACUCGGGGUGGGGGGUGGCUGAACCUCGAAUGAGGGGCCACGCUGGAAGAGAGCAGUAGUUACACUGGGCGGCAGGGAGGCUGCCCUAGGAAGGAACAGGAGCUCUGAGAUGGCUAAGUGUGCUCACUGGUGGAGACCAUGAGCGCCAGGGCCCGCCACUGAGACGGGCCGCAGUCCCAACCGUCGGGCCCCUGUCACCUGCUCACACAGUGCUUCUGGUUGGAAAGUGCCCUCCUCCCUGUUGAUGGGCAUGCCAACCUGGCCCCUCCCUCCCACCUCUGCUGUGGCCCUGACUCUCCAGGUCAGGCCCAGCAGAGGUCUUAGGGCCGGCACCGUCUCUGAGGACCCAGACGCUCAGGCGUCUCAGGGCCCCUUCCCCAGGUAGGGGCUUACCCCCUGUCACUGGGGUGGCUUCCCUGGGCCCCACCGGCAGCACAGGGAGGCCUGGUCUAGGAGGCGGACCGGCCUGGGGUCAGCAGCACAUGGAGCCAAGCCUGAGCGGUGAGAGGUUUUUAAGCCCUGAUGGCACCCCUCACUGUUGGGAAAACCAGAGUCCCCACUGUCUCUAACUGCCCUCCUCUGACCAGCCAGCAGGCUAAGGUUGGGACCCACCUCUGUCCCUGGUCCUAGAACCUCAUCCCCAAAGUCCUGGGUCAUCGGAUGGGUCAUCGCAGGGCCAGGGAGCUGACCCCACCACUCCACCGCUCCUCCCUGGAGGGCCCGGUCAGAGCUGCACUUGGGCUCCCUGCUCCCCAAGGCAGUGGGGGGCAGCGGAGUGCUGACUGGGCCUCCCGACACCGCGUCCUGGGUACAUGCCCUGUGAUCCCGAGGUGGGCCCACCAGAUCAGCUCUCUAGACCUUACUUUAGGGGACCUGGGCCCCCUUCUCAAUGGUAUCCAUAUGGCCCCAACUCUGGAAGCGGGAGUGAGGACGGUAACUAGGUUUCCCACACGGUUUUGGGCAAGUCCCCCGCUAGAGCUGGACCAAGACCCUGCCCCGGGAGCGUGAGCUGGAAGCCCACCUGUCUCCGAAGGCACACCUAUUGAUCAGCCCUGGGCCCCUGACCCCCCCCAAAACACACACACACCUGUUCCCCCAUAGCCUGCCAGAAUGUCUCUUUGUGUCCAAUAGGCUUCCCUGGUAGCCAUUUGUCCAUCUGUCCCCGUGUCCUGCCGUACGGACCUUCUUGCUGCACUCCCCACCCCUCUGCAUCUGCCCCUUCACCCCAUUGGAGAGAAACCUCUCUAGGGAAAGGCAGGGUGGCUGCACCCAGCGACGAAUCCAAAUGGCAAAUAUUUUGUAACAAAAUAGCCCAGAGGUAUUUUAUCUGUUCAAUUCAUAGAGUUUUAGAGAUUAUAUUGAAAUAUGUCACUUGAGCAAAUUGCUCCUAUUCCGUUUCUUUCGUUGUCUCAGAGGGAGGUCCUACCUUGAAUCCAAGCAUCUAGUUGGCCAGAGUCCGACACCCCUCAGCCGGACUGCCGGGCUGCUCUCCUCUGGCCGCAGUGGUGUCACCCCUGACCCCAGGAUGAGGUGCCUCUGUCCCACCAUGGGACAUGGUUAGGAAGCCCCAUAUGAAAUAGAGGAGACUUAGGUGUGUGUGUGGGGGGGGGUGUCAUCGGAUGGGUCAGAGCUGGGGGCGCAGGGCCAGGGAGCUGACCCCACCAACACCACCACCACACACCCGCACGCGCUCGCACACACACACACACACACGCAUGCACACCUUUUAGCCAGGUAAGAGAGCCGCUAACAGUGGAGACUGGGGCCGCGUUAGAGGAAAGAAACCCCACGACCGUCAGUGUGCAUCCCAGCAGAGUGGGAGGUGAGGGGUCAGGACCCCAUCUGCCCUGUUUGGCCUCCUGCCAUGGAGAGCGGGGGCAGGUUGGGGGCCCCGGGCCCCAGUGACCACGUUUGAUCAUCAGCCCCCAAAGCCUGACCCUCUCAUCACAGGCCUGAUUUGACAAGCCCUGGGGCGGGGGGGAACCCUUCCUGAGGUAGAGGGGCAACAGGCCCAAGUGCGAGGAGCACCGUUGGGGAAGCCGCACGGAGCCAGCAAGUGUGAUGGAGCAGACAUCUGCGGGUCACUGGAGGGGGUGCCUCUCCCGCAGGAGAGAGUCAGCACUGGGGAGAAAGACGAGGGGCUUGGGCGAGCAUUUCCCACUAUGGACAGGGGCUGCACAGAGAGCGCUUUCUCCUGGCAGGGGAGAGAGGACAGAGCCUUCCAGCAAAGCCGAGGCCUCAGAGGCACUGCGCCGUGGGAGAAAAGUGACUGGCCAGGGUGGCAGGUCCAGGGACACCUGCAGAGGGUGACCUGCUCUCCUGGUGACCAGAACUCUGAACACCCAGAAAUCCAGACAGCUCCCCAGGCUGGGGCCCAUUCUCCCCAGUUCAAGGGAAAAGGAACAUGACCUCACCCUCCUUCCAGGAAACGGGAAAUUCCAGGAGAAAUCUGGGGCCAGCUAUGACCUGUCCCAUCCUGGGAACUCUCUGACCCAGGAAUCUGAGGACGGGCCCCUGGAGAGCACCCCUGAAGGGACCCAGCUCAGCCCAGGCCUGGGAGAGGGCUGAAGGCUAAAAGGGCUCCUGCUGUGUGGGAACGCAGGGCGGUGCCGCCGUCCUCCAAGGCUUCUGGCCCCUGAGGUCGUCUGGAAGGAACGGCCCUUUCUCCAGUGAGAGAGGGAGACCAUGGUGCUCUAACAGAAGCCCCCUGGGUCCGCCGGCCAGUGCCGCUCCCUACAGUGACCCUUUAGCUGGGGGAAACUCAAACUCUGCAGCCAUUGAUUUAGAACGUUUCCAAUAAGGGGGACCUGAGAGCAAUGGGCCAGAACAGGACACCGGUGUGAGAAUUCAGGGAGCAGUCAGCAAGGUGAGGAAGCCCCAGCAUGCCCCAGGCACUGGGGUGGGGGCCGGGGGCACCCAGUGAAUGGGAGAGACAAAGCUCCUGCCCUCCAGGAGCCCACACUGAGCAGUGCCGACACAAAUACACAAACGGACCAGCUCUCUUCACAGAGCGGGUAGUAGCACAGGACAGGGGAUGGGGAGGGGGUCAACAGUCAAGGAAGGCCUCUGCAGGGAGGCAAAUGCAACAAGGUCAAGGCCAGGUCCAAGGGCAGGAGAGCAGUUCAGAGACCACCUCCACACGGUCGAACGAGCACAGAUGGAUAGACAUCGUCAUCAGUGGGAAAGGAGGUGGCUUGAACGCAGGCCAUCAGGCAGUUCUGGAGGCCGGCCGGGUGGGGGCAGCUCCAGUCCAGAGCAAGGGCUCUUGUAUGGCUCUGACUCCUGGUGGGGAGGAGCCCACCCCAGGGCCCAGAGGGCCUGCACGUAGCCCUCUGUCCACCUCCUCCCUGUCACCCCACACCAAGGAAACUCAGGUUUUCCAUUUAAAAUAACAACAGGUGGACUCCGUGGCCUAUUACCCACAAGACCCUGGGGCUGGCAACUUUUCUGACCUCAGCGCAAAUUACACAAAACUGUGGUAGGGUCGGUUUCUCACCCCGUGGGGCUGGCAGAAGGCCGCCGUGGGGCUGGCAGAAGACCACUGUGGGCCUUGGUAUGCCCCCCUUCCUUCCCCCAGCCCUGACGGAUGUGGCUAAUUGACCACUGCUUUCCAGGAGUCACAAUCAAUCAACGAACGUUGGCCCCCGGGAUGAAAUUAAGCUUCCACCCACCCCGGGUGUCCUUACUGAGCCACCCUGAAGGAAGCCAUUUGGGAUGGAGGUGAUCUUAGAGCAGGAGGCCCAGGCAAACUCUGGGCUGAGGGAGCGGGGCCCAGGGAGGAAGCCUAGUGGCAGACACUCCUGCCCACUAUCGUCAGAUUGCUUGGGGAAAAAGGCUCGGGAGGACGCCUCACUAUUCCAUACCUACCAAUGUUCUGCCCGUCAGAUGCUCAGGCCUGCUUCCUCUUAGGGCUCCACCCUGCUCCAGCGCCCUGCCAACACCCUGCCUGGGAGGUCCCCUCACUUGCUCUACUCACCUACCAUCAGCUCCUUCUCUCCUCUGACCCACAGAGUGGGCCACUGAGGUCCCAGAUAGCGGCCAGGGUCACAGAUGGGGAGUGCGCAAGGAGAGGGAACUCGGGAGAACUCUCCAGCCCAGGGCAAAGCAUGGCCCGGAGGGGCCACCACCAGGCAUGUCUGGCCCGGAAAGACUCUUCACAGGGCAGGGGGACGUGGUCCCUCCAGGAGAACAUGGGGCCCGGCCAGAGCCCCGUGGCCUGGAGUUGCAGGCUGACCUCUCCUCUGCUCUCUCUCCUUCCCAGAAAGGAGCCAGGCCCAGGAAGAGGCCCCAUGUUGUCCCAGCCUGAAGUCAGAACUGGUCCCACUGGGAAAAUUCCAUUCUGGAAGAAGCUGGAGGAUGAGGGAACUGGGCUCAGGAAAUGAGGAGGAUGGAUGGAAACUCUUUCCCCACCCUGCCCUCCCAUCCCUCCUGCUGGUCUGGGUGGCUCCUCUCCCCAGAGAACCAGGCGCCCUAGCCCCACUAGCUAGCCCUGAGCACCUCUGGAUUUCCUGCUUUCCUGACCCUAAAGAACCUCAAGGCAGGCUGUGGAAAAGUUGUGGGAACGGGCUGCGGGAGAGCAGGAAGCCACCAGGAGAGCUGGCUCUUGCUCUCACAUCCCCAACUUCCCUCCCCCCCAGAACCCCCAAUACUUUCUCCUUCUAAGAGAUCGGGCUUGGAGGUGGCCUCCCCCGCAACCCCCGGAGGGAGCCUUGUCCACCAUCACAGGGCGGCCCAGGAAGCAGACAGGUUAGUCGGUCCAGCUGCGUCCUCUUAUGAAUAAGGGGACUGUUUCCGUUAAGAAGUUAAAUUAAAGCCUCAGAAAGAACAACAGCAUCAUCCUACAGGCAGUAGGAGAAAGGAAAUAAUAAAGACAAAAGCAGAAACAGUGAGACAGAAAAGACAUACACAACAGAAAGGAUUAACAGAACCAGAAGUUAGUUCUAAGAAAUGACUAAGCAAAUUGACAAACUUCCAAUUGGACUGAUCACGAAAAUGAGAUUCAGCACAGAUAGGCAACAAGGGGCACACAGUUACCAAUACUGCAGAAAUGUUUUUCUUAUAAAUAGAGAGAACACUACAAAUCAACUAUAAAUAAACUACACACCUUAGAACAACACGUUUGAAAAUCAUCACAUAAGAUGAAUACUAUUUAGAAAAAUACCUUAUCAAACUCACUCGAGUACAAAUGGGAAAUUUGAGAUAAAUGGUCAUUAAAGAAAUUCAAACAUGUAUUAAAAAUCUCUUUGAGGGGCGCCUGGGUGGCUCAGUCGGUUAAGCGUCUGCCUUCAGCUCAGGUCAUCAUCCUGGGGUCCUGGGAUCGAGU